AUGUUCCACCGUCGAGCCCCCGUCUUGCUCCCCCCGACAGCUUUGCGUCGUGGUCUACCUCCUCUGCGCCGCCUUGUUUCAACUGAUCAGCCCGACCCCCAGCUAAACAGGUCCCAGACGCCAAGUCAACCGAUUCCGUCACCGAGCCUGUCGGACCGCAUUCCAGACGAGUAUCGGAAACGCCUCGACGACUGGAAGACCACGCUGGACAGGAAAGGACGAGACCUUGCAGUCAACGCAGGCAAAAACUUGGCCAUCGUCGGCCUCAAGGUCAACGAGGCGACUGGCUAUCGCGAAGUGGAGCGAUUGAAGCAGGCAGUCAAGGACAGAGAACAAGAACUCACUUCGCGGCGUAUCGAAGUCAAAGCAGCAAAACUGGCGUACGAGGAGGCAGUGUCGACUCGCACUUCAAGCCAGCAGAAUGUCAACUCUUUGCUCGAACGCAAACAUUCGUGGACGGACAGCGACGUUGCCAACUUUACUACCCUCGUCCGCUCCGACCAUGCCUCUCGACAUGCGGUGACGACGACUUCAGAAGAGCUCAAGCAUGCCGAACUUGCCGUCGACAAGUCGUUCACUUCCCUCAUGCAGGCCAUUCUCGAACGCUACCACGAGGAGCAGGUCUGGAGCGACAAGAUUCGCAGUGUCUCGACGUGGGCAAGCAUUGUCGCUCUGGCCGCCAACUUGAUCGUCUUUGUUGGGGCCAUUGCAUUCGUGGAGCCAUGGAAACGGCGGCGACUGGUACAGGGCCUGGAAGAGCGCAUGUCUGGCAUGAUGACGCGUGUCGAAGCAGAGCUUCAGACCCUAUCGUCAAGUGUUGGCGACCUCGAGGGCAGGAUGGCUCCAGUUGCAAGUGUGAUAGCAGCAACACCUGAAACGCACAUGGGCGACCUGGAGCAAGCACCAGCUACAGCCCCCCACUCUCCUUGGAUCGCGUCGCCAUCACCUAUAGAGCAACUCUCUGCUCAAGCACCACCGUCCUCGUCCCUGUCCAAGGUCCUCACCUGGGCGACCACACAGCUGGCUCACGUUUCCCCUCCGUCUGCUGAGCGUGACCUCGUUGCAGCAAGCAUGGUUGGCGCUGUCGGAGGAGCUGUCACCAUUGGACUAGUUGGCGUGGUGUUCAGGUCACUGGGCCGCUGA